AUGGCCAUGGUUACAUUGUCAUUACCCUGCAACACCAAUCUCUCACAAACCUUAUCCCUUGAAGACAACAAUCUCCGCGAUGCCUCUUUUCCUUCUGACUUGAAUGGUUCCGAGGGAACCUUGGUCCUCAAACUUGCCAAAUCAAGUCAAAACCUUGAUUCUUUGAUGCAAAAAGAGAAUGUUGAAGAUGCAGAAAUCGGUGUCUUUGAAGCAGAAAAAUACUUCAAUGGGGCAAUGGAUGAGAAGAAUCCAAGAAUUGAUGACAUGGGUGCAACAAGACACCGGUAUGAGAAGGAUGAACCAGCUGAGAUAUGCCCCAUUAAAACAAAAACUCAACUGGGAACUCCAAGUGUUCAUUCUGGAUCAAAUUGGAGCCAAAGCGCGUUAUUGCAUUUUGUCCAGAGAAAUUCACCACAAAGAAAGACAAGCAAGCUAUAUGGCAAGAGUUUGCUUGCCAGUAUUGGUUCCAGCUGCUCUUGUUGUGACAAAAACUCUGUUGAUAUCUAUGAACAUGUUGGUGGAGACAGUUCCAAUGGAAGUGUUCCAGUUGAUUUAGCCAGAACCAAUAAGUCCCGGUUGGAUCCAUGGGUCAUGGAGGACAUGCACUGCAAGAAUUUUGAUGAAUUUGCGGUGAGCAGAAAAGACUGUUAUGAUUUUAGAUUUCCGGUUUUGAAUCCUAAGAAGGGAAAUCGAGCAGUUAAAAUACAGUCGCAAGAAGAGAAAGAUGAUAAACCGCGAAAGUCAUUAGAGGUGUUUGGCUCCCCUAUCUUGAAAAAAGGAAAGAACACUCCAAGUCAUGGCAGGAUGUUGACUUGGGAUGCAAUUCCCAAAGUGGAAGAAACUGAAACUUCAGCAAUUUAUGAUGGUAUGCACAGUAUUACUGGAAGUGAUUCAAGUUCAGAUUUAUUCGAGCUAGACAGCUUCACAAAUAAUGCCAACACGUUUCGCACCAGCCAGGCAUCAGAUGGCAUUUCCAGCUGUGUCACCCCCACAACUUGUUAUGAUCCAAGUGAAGCAAGCAUAGACUGGAGCGUUGUCACUGCCACCGCAACAGAUGUCUCAGUGAUGUCCAAUUCUUGGGAGUUAAGAGCAAUAGCAGCCGCAACAAACCCUAACAGAAUGGUUCUAACCGGCAAAGGUGCUGCACCAAGCAGGCAGAUACAGAGGCCGCACCACAGCCUGUUGGGUUGUAGAAAUGACAAAGCUGUGACAGUUGCAGGAUAUGCCUAUAGAACAAGUGAAAAGGCAAUUCCUGAUCCAAGAAGGCGCCACGGGACAACAGACUCCUUUGCGCCAUGA